GUGAGACAACACCCGAAUCUUACUUCAACACUAGUUUAAUUUUAAUGAUAUGAUGGGGCUGAGUGAAGACGAGGAACUAAUUGAAAAAAUUAGUAUAUUACUUGCCUUAUACGCUUAGCUGAAUAAAAUCUGAUUUUCGUUAUUAAUUUAAUUAAAACCCCGCCUGAUGAACGCUUACCGAUUUAAAAAAAUAAAUAAAUUUGUAAACAUCUAAAGAAAUGGCAGGGAAAAGCAUCCCAAUCAUAGAUCUUGAAGAAUUCGAACUGAAUUCAGAGAAACUAAAGGAAGUAUUUGAAAAAUGGGGUUGCUUCAGAGUGAUCAAUCAUGGAGUAUCCCUACAAUUAAUGGCGGAAAUGAAGUCAGUAGCAAGAGAAUUACUUGAUCUUCCCAUUGAAAUCAAACGGAAAAAUGUGGAUGUGCUUCCUGGAAGUGGGUAUAUGUCUCCCAGUGAGAAGAAUCCUCUUUAUGAAGCAUUGGGACUCUUUGAUGUUGCUUCUCCUACCUCUGUUUCUACCUUUUGUACACAGCUUCAGGCUUCUUCCAAACAAAGGGAGAUAAUAGAGAAUUAUGCUGAAGCAAUUUACAAAUCUGCAAUAGAUAUUGCUGUUAAGAUGUCCACAAUUAUGGGUUUGAAAGAGUACAGUUUUAAAGGUUGGCCUUGUCAGUUCAGGAUCAAUAAAUAUAGUUUCACUCCAGAAAGUAUUGGGUCUUCAGGAGUACAAAUUCACACAGACUCUGGAUUUCUGACAAUACUUCAGGAUGAUGAAAAUCUUGGUGGUCUUGAAGUUAUGAACGAGUCGGGUGAAUUUGUUGCUGUUGAUCCCUGCCCAGGAACACUUGUUGUGAAUCUUGGAGAUGUUGCUGCUCCAUGGAGCAACGGACUUCUACGCAAUGUGCAGCACCGUGUUCAGUGCAAGGCUGCAGGGAUACGUAUGUCGAUUGCAACGUUCCUUUCUCCACCCCCGGAUAAAACAAUCGAAGCACCACCAGAGUUCGUAGAUGCUGAGCACCCUCGCCUUUAUUCUCCGAUCACUUAUAAAGAGUUAAGGGAGCUUCGUGCUUCAAAGAAGCUACAUUCGGGUGAGGUCCUUGAAUUGUUACGUCUUAACAAGUAGAUCUGGUUGAAUAUGUUUUGAAUUACAACUCAAUUACUUGUAGUUGUAUCUGUGACCAACACUAUGUUUUCGGGAUUUAGAUUCUAGCAUUGUUGUUGUGUGACCUAUACUAUGAACGUGACUACGAAGAGAAUGCAUUAGAUAGAAUUAUAGAAAUAAGAUUGUAAUCUCAGUUGGAAUAUCUUCGAGCGAUAACAAAAGUAUUUAGUACAAGUCCUUUCAUGGUGAAUUAAUUGUAAUCUAUUUUCUCUGUUCCUUUAAAUUUGCUAUACAAUAUUUAAAAAGUUAUCACUUUAAUUUGUUU